CGCGGCGGCGGUGGACAGGCGGGCGUCCCGCGGCGGAGCGGGGCCCGGGCCAGGCGGCCGGCGGCCAGCUGGGGGCGAGGGCGAGCGGGGGGCGGCGGCGGCGGCUCGCUCUUUGUCUCGGCGCGCUCCAAAAUGGCUGCGGCCGGGCCGCCUGGGGCGGGAGAGGCAGCGCAGGGCGCGGAGGCCGCCGUCCUCCCUGGGGCGCCUGCACCCUCGAGAAGGGCGGGAGCCGAGGCCCGGGGGCGGCGGGGGAGCGGCAGCCCCGGCGCCGGCCGCCAUGGCUACCCGGGCCGCUGGGCGCGGGAGGCGGCGGCGAAAGCGGCCCGGAAGCUGCGGGCUAGGAGGAGCCGGGAGCGGGCGCGGGGCCGUCGCCUCCCCACGAGGCCGUUGUCCCCGGGCCCCCCGCCGCGGUCCGCGCGCUCUGCCGGGGCUGCCCUUGCGGAGGGACGUAUCGCGCAUCCCCGCGUGUGUUUUCCUCACGAUAAACGGGAGAGCGAGGCGGCCGGCUUCCUAACAUCUCCUGGACACAACCUCCUCCCAGCAUAGACGGUUUGGCUGACAUCACUCGCAGAGUUCCUUGCAGCAAUCUCAAGGCCAGCAGAGAGAAGACCUUUCAACGAAAUCAGAAGGCACCCAUCAGCCUGACCACCCCCUUCACCCCAGAACACAGGCUGGGGAAGCCUGUGACUUCACGGGUCUGGAGUAGAUCCCACGCACUGGAUAAGUCCUCUCCCCUGGUUCUGCCUUGCCAAGAAAGUGAUGAUGCUCAGAUAUGCUUGGCCAAGACCCCCUCACCCAGGGGCACUGCUUGGGCGGCCCCCAAAAAUAAAACUAAUGCACUAGCUGCUCACCGUGUGCCAGGCUCAGCGUGUCCCACAGACGAGGACAGUGGCCCUUGGAAAGGUUCAGUAAAUGGCCCAUAGUCUGGUUCCUGGUGUGGGCACAGCUGGCACUGAAGAAACCCAGGACUCAGACUCUCAAGCUCUCUCCAGGCUGCUGGGGCUGACCAGCCACCUCUGUCCACACAGCCUGGCUCCAAGCACGGGAGGACAGUAGGACGCUGCGGGUUGGCUGUCCACUCAUCCACUCGCUGUAUCAUAACCCAGCGUGAAGGACUUGACCAGCUUGACGUGGAGAAGACCUUGUUUCGAGGUUCUGGGGAGGAACCGCCCUGCCUGGACAGCGCUCCGACGAGCCCCUCACAUGGUGUCUCCGCCAACCCAAAGGCAAGCAAGGAAUGGCCUGACGCUCCUGGAGAGGAGCCUGAUGCCAUCCUGACCCUCCCUUACCUGGAAAGGUGAAUGCCACGCUCGGAUUUCUAAGCACAGUGUCCUUUGGGUGGUUUCGUAGAAUUGCUGGUUGCUGUGCUUAACUCCUAAAUAUCUAGGCCCUCCUUCUGCUCACACAUUCAAUUCAUAAAGCCCAAGCACCAGUCUGAGAAAAUCCACCUCCCUGCAAAUCUGUGGCUUCCUUGCAGGUAGUUUGGAAGAUGCACCAAAGCAGAGGUUCUGUCAUUAGUGACACUUGUUUAGUUAGUAUUAAUUUCUUGGACAGGAUAUAUAAAGCAAAGAUGUUUAAAUGUUAAAUGUCCAUUAAAAAGCAAAAAAUAAAACUUUUAAAAUGAGUCCAUUUACAAGGUGCCAAAAAAUCAAAUUUCUUGAUAUAAAACUAGCAAAAAGAAAUACAAGACUGAAAACCAUAAAACAAUUUGGAGAGAAAUUAAAGCAAACAUAAAUACAUGGAGGGCUCUACCAAGUUCAUGAAUCAGAAAACUCUAUAUUAUCUAUUCUCCCUAAAUUGAUCCAUAGAUCUAAUGCAAAAUUGAGUAUUAAAAUCCCAGCAGGGUUGGUUGCUUGGCUGGUUUUUCUCACAGAAAUUAACAAGCUGGGCUUCCAUUUCCAGUGUGGGAAACCCCUAUUGCAUUUACCCUCCCAGAGACAGCAACAUAAAUUCUGCACAGAAGACAAAACUGCAGCCACCUGAAGCUGCCACAGAGUAAGCACAAGCAGGCAGAUUCUGGAGAGAAGUCGGUAUUUGGAGAAACUGGCUGAGCUGCCUAUUUCUAGUUUCUCACCUGAGGGCUGGCCACAACCCCUACCAUGCAAGGCAGAUGAAACUCCAGUAAAAACCAGCAGUACCCCAGGGCUAAGCAACCUGGCAUCGUGGGAUUGAGAAAGCCUGCUGGACCAAAAGUAGGAAGAGGAAUGAAACAAAACAGUCUCAGUGGCUGAGACAUUUCAAAGGGAGUCGAGAGGUCAUUCUGGAGGGCGUUCUCAUGU